AUGAUAAAACUGCUGAUUCGGAGAAAGAGCGAGAAGUUCUCGCUUGUUCCGAAAAAUAUCUUUCGAGAUCGGAACCUGCCUGCGAGGUUUAGGAAGAAGGAUGAUCCGGUGAAGGAGAUAAGGUCUGAAUUCGUCGCACUCAAGAAACAUGAACAACUUUUUGCCGACACAGGUGGAAUGCGCAAGCUUCUUGGCACAGUCUCUCUCCUCAUUUCCUCCUCCGUCGGUUAUUGCUUGUACAAAACCUUCCUGUUCGAAGAACUCGAAGAAAACCUAUCAAAAUCGGAAGAAAUUGCUUUACGAGCGGCUUAUUUCAAAUUUGGAACGUCUCAUCUUGCUUAUUUAAUUUUCCUUUUUCCUGGGUUGAAUUGUAUCUUUCCUCGACUUUGUUUGAAAAUUUGGGGAGUGCAGUUGCUUUCAAGAGCACCCAAGAAAUCACCAGUUGUUUUGCUCCAGCUUUAUCUGAUCGUUUUCGCAGCUCUUGCUUCUGCAACUUCUAUCGACCCUUAUUCCAUCGCUUGGAUCGAUUCUUUGCCCGAAGAAAAACGCCAGGCCGCGGAGAGCUGUUUAAUUCACCCAGCAUCUGGAAUUUACGAUCACUUGCCGUACAUUUAUCGAGUUCUUCACGCUGGUACUUUAAGCUACAAACAUUUUCAAUGCGAAAAUGGAUUUUUGGAUAGCAAAGUCUUCAGCUUUUUACUUGACGAAAACAUGAAGGAAUCUUUGAGAGUGUGGAUUUAUUCAAAAAGACAAGUGCUCAUUGGAAUGUUUGGAAACAGCAAACAGAUGUCAUCCAGCGAGCCGUGA